CGUUGUUAUUUGAUAGGCUGGUUGCAUAUCGUCAACAAACUUGCCUCUUUGAUAAGACAAGAAUUCUUUCGAAUUGUAAGGGUGGACGCGGGGGAGUAUAGAAAAAAGAAGGGUGAGUCGUCGUCUGUCUAUCACGAGAAGGAUAUCACAUUGCCAAGAACGUUCAUUAAAGAUUGGGGUAUUCGAACGUUUUCUUCUCCGUCGCUCACUUUAACGAGAAUGGAUGCGUCAGUUAUUCUUAAUUGAUUCUAAUUUCGAACUCCGUGAAAACAACAACGGCCGUCGUAAUUCAUCGUUACUUUACUCAGACAGUCGGCAAUUAAAAGUUCUCGGAAAUCUGACUCUCUCUCUGAAUUAGGGAAAACACAUUAGCUCUGACGCAGUUUUUUGGUGCGGAGAAUUAGUUGUUUAGUACCACUUAAGAAGGUUCUCGAUAGAAUAUUUUCUUUCACUUGUCCCGUGUUUGUUUAUAACUAUAUUAUACAUAGAUUUUAUUCAGUCAUGGAGAUUUGGAAAUUAUUAUGGUGGUGCAUUCUUGGCACUUCCAUUGACUAUGUACUGUGCACCAGGGAAAAGAAAAUACAAGAUAUAUUGGACACUGUCCACAGGAUCGAAGACCAAAUCAGCAAAGAAGAUCGAUUCCGAGAGAUCGCCGAUAUUGUGAGGAUCGAUUCAACGGUCGAUAAGAUAAACAUAAAAAUGGAUCGAAUGCUCAAUCUAUUGGAUAAUAAUCCAUUGCCACCCAUGGCUCGUAGUGACGGAGCCGUUAUGCCACGAGAUUUAGGUAGCAAUAUCCUGGCCAUUCAGAAUCGACUGGAGAGCCUCGAGACAACUUGUGGCAAGAUGCAAGACAACCUCGGUGCCUAUUCGGUCAAGGUGAAUGAGAUUGAACAGCGGACGACGCAACUCAAGGAUGACAUGAACGUCAAGUUGAGGAAAAUGAUGAACGUCCUGACGGCCCUUUACGAGAUGAACAAAGAGAUGAAGAAAGAUGUGGAGACUCGAACCGACGAGCCAGAGACUCCAAAGAGUGGUAGCUCGUCCACUGGAGGAUAUGCUACUGAAUUUCUCAUGGAAAAUUUUGACGAGUUGGAGAGGAAAAUCCGUGAGCAGUUCAGCAUCUUGACGAGUGAGAUACGGUCAGAAGUGACGAGUUUGAAAGUUGUCGCUGCCAGCUCUGGGGCUGGAAACUGCCAGUCUUCUUCUUCUGACGACGAGGAAGAUGAGGAGUGGAUGACACCGCAGAACAAUGCUCGCUCUAUCGGCAGAAGAGGUAGUCAGGCCGGCAGAUCUGCUGGAAUGUUAGACAAUUUGAUGGAAACACUGGGGCGAUCGACGCGAGAGAUCAGAGAAGAAAUACAACAAGGUAUGCAAGGUAUAGACGAUAAGCUGGAAAAUUUAACAUCUUUAGCGCAAUCACAACCCAAAUGUGGGGAUCUGGAGACGGCAGAAUCUGCCAUCAGCAGAAGGCGAUCUUUGGAACCUUUUGGAGUGACGCCACAACAGCAGAGACUGGAAGAGAAUAAACUCGAGAACAGGGAUAAGUGUUCGAAAACUGCCCAAAAUGUGCCAAAUCCAAAAUCUUGUGCUGAUCUCAGGAAAGGCGGAGCAACUUGUGAUGGCAUUUAUGUUAUAUUCCCUAAAGGGCGACGAGCUGUACGAGUUUAUUGUGAUAUGACAACUGACAACGGUGGAUGGACGUUACUUCUGAGACGGGGUGAUUACGGAGAAAAAAUGACCAGCUUCCAUCGGAACUGGAUGAGCUAUAAGAAUGGAUUUGGAGAUUCUGCUGGAGAGUUCUGGCUGGGCAAUGACGUCAUGAAUUCCAUGACCACUGAGGAACAAAAUGUUCUAAGGAUUCAUCUCACUUCCUUUGAUCAUGACGAAGUGGACCUGGUGUACGAUUCCUUUGUGGUUGGCAAUGAAAGUACAAAUUACAAACUAGUACUGGGAAGAACUAUUCUAGGACCAGCAGUAGCAGCUAAUAGCUUAAGGUAUCACAACAAUCAGCCUUUCAGCACUUAUGACAGAAAGAAUGAAGACUUUCAGCAGAACUGUGCAGCCACCUACAAAGGAGGUUGGUGGUUUAACGGUUGCUACUUUGGUUUUCUGACUGGAGAAUAUUUCAAACCUGGUGACAAGCGAGAAAACUGGCAGGGAAUGCUGUGGUACGACUGGAAGGGGAAUGCAGCACUGAAAGCAGCAGAAAUGAUGAUUAGACCAAAGAACUUCACUCUCACGUGAAGCACCUUUUAGCAGUAAAAUAGAGAUGGAACGUUCUUUUAAAAGAUCGUGUACCGGUUCUUAGGACACAAUUAUACCUGUUACAAAUAUCUAUUCCAAAGUAACAGACAAGCACUUUAUAACAGUUCCAUUAGAGUUACCCGUAUCUAUACUCGUCUCAAGAAUGCGUGGUUUCCCUCAUCCGUUACCAUGAUUUUGUUAAAUCUGACUUUUUCCCCACGCAAGUAUAGUCCAACCUCUUACUGAAACGUGCUGUUGUGGUAGGAAAAGCAAGAUAUACUGAAACCAUGGUAAUGCAGAGAGUAAAAAGUUGGUGAGUAGGGAAAUCACGUAACUUUAAGACGCCUAUUCUAUUUAAAAAGAGUAUGUUGAAAUUAGAGAGUUACGACAGAUAUCGGAAUCUGUUAUCACACUUUCUUCUCUCCUACUUCGCAUCAAAUGUUAACUGUAUCGUUUUUUUUAUGAACCAAACUACGCAUAAGUUGCAAAAAUUAUUGAUCAACUAAUUCAGCUUUUCAAUAAGUCAAACUUUACUUUUAGUUUGCUUACAAAACUUUCCACUAUACUCUGUUGCAAGUUAAGAAAAAAACAUCCCUAAAGAGAGAGCCUGUUUGCAUGUAAGGGCACUCCAAAUGAAUGCCAAGCUCUCAGGGAGAACGUGUAUCAACAUCGCUAACUCUUGAAACGACGUUGCACAGCCUUCUUUUUGAUACCUUUCUUAGAUUGUGUGAAAUAAGGAAAAUACGACUUAACUAUUGUUAAGAAUAAGAACUAUUGUUUGGUUAAUAAGAAUUAAUAAAAAUGAUGUCUGAAAAUCGUAACAAAUAUACAUCUUCCUGCUCGCACUUAUAGAAACUGAUGAAAGAAAUAUUAAAUAUUGUUUCUUGACCACGAUUUUCUUUUACAGCGAAACAAAAGUAAAAAAGUUCCUUAUCUCGUAUUUGAUUUGUUGAGGCCAUUUUUAGUGGUCCAAUCAAAUCCAAUGGUCUGGCAACGUCAUACAGUUGUCUCUUUUUCGAGAAAGAAUAUUCUCCUUAUUUAUGGAAAUAUGUCGCCAAGCCUGGAAUUUCAGUACGACUACGAAACUUUCACUUUUGUUUAAAUAAUUCUAUGAUAUGUAUCUUAAAUGUUAGCAAGAAUUAAAUUUCUGCCCAACAAGUUUAACUUCUAAAAGCUUUUAUAUUGUUUUGAAAGCAUGUUCAUAUAAUUUGAUAUCUGAAUAAAACGGAACUUUAUGCAAUAGCGAAUGAAUACUUAAAUCCUAUACCGCGAUGGUCUUUUCUUAGCUUGCAAUGGGAUAUAGCCAUAUUUUCUUAUAAAGAAAACUAACGUUUCAUCAAAAAACUAAACUUUAUUUAGAGUAAAUAACGUGAUAGAAGUGCCAAAUAUAGCAAUCACAAUUUCUAGAAGCUAUUUUUUUUUUUACAAAAUAUAUAGAUGGUUGGACUGAUUUUGAGUACAACCGAUACCAUGUAUGUAUAAUCAAGAUAAAUUUUAAAAGCAUGAAAAAAUAAUCAAUACCGAUAAUACAGUCGAAUAAUUAUAAAUUAUUUGACUGUAUUAUCGGAUUAUCUGUAUAUGACAAAAACUCUAAAUUUCUAAUUUGAAUUUGUUGAAAUGUGACAUUCAAACAGUUUUAUUUUCAAUUACAAUAUGUGUAGAAUGUUACGAUAAACUAAUUUCAAGCCGAAGCAGGAUCGAGCAAUUAAAUAAUAAAUUUUAGAAAAAAAAACGUGUCAAGCAUAAAAUGAGUUUUUUUUUUCCAAUCCAGCGAAGUACAAGUUAAAAGAACGUUUACAUAUUUCUAUUACUUUAUAAUUCAGUCUGCAUAUUGUGCGAUUGUGGUAUUAUAAAUUAAUAUACUACUACAUUUAUGUAUGUAGUCUUCAUAAAGGUGUAUUGUAAAUGUAUUUUUAUAGAUCCCACCUAGCUGAAUAGUUUGUAAGUAUUUUGAUAUUGAAAUAAAAUUAAAAAAAAUUGUAA